AUUGUUUUUCUUCUUUAACAGGGUAAAAAGGAUGUUUCCCAGAUAUUUAACAACAUCCUGAGAAGACAAAUUGGCACACGCAGCCCAACUGUGGAAUACAUUAGUGCCCAUCCACAUAUCCUAUUCAUGCUUCUGAAAGGCUAUGAAUCCCCAAAUAUUGCCUUACGCUGUGGAAUUAUGCUGAGGGAGUGCAUCCGGCAUGAACCAUUGGCCAAAAUCAUACUUUUUUCAGAACAGUUCAGAGACUUUUUCAAGUAUGUGGAAAUGUCAACAUUUGAUAUAGCAUCUGAUGCCUUUGCUACGUUCAAGGACUUGUUAACAAGGCACAAGUUGUUGGUAGCAGAUUUUAUGGAACAAAAUUAUGAUACGAUCUUUGAGGAUUAUGAAAAACUCCUUCAUUCUGAGAAUUACGUAACAAAGAGACAAUCUCUGAAGCUGCUGGGUGAACUGAUUCUAGACAGACACAACUUUGCCAUCAUGACAAAAUAUAUCAGCAAACCAGAGAAUCUAAAGCUGAUGAUGAACUUGCUCCGAGACAAAAGCCCCAACAUUCAAUUUGAAGCAUUCCAUGUGUUCAAGGUGAGCUAGCAUGAGCUGUAAAGGUGGCAG